AGUAGGAGAAUGACGGAAACAGAGUAACCGAGCUAUUUAUAUAUGCCUCUUCUGGCAUAUAUAAAUAAACAAAAGAAAUCAUGGGUUCACCAAAAGUAGAGACACUAGUGCCUCUUCUGGCUUCAUUUGCCCUUUUCAUGGUGCUUCCAAUCAUCAUUCCACAAUGUCCAAUUCCUGCUUAUGCCUCCACACUAGAAGCACAAGCCCUUCUCAAAUGGAAAUCCAGCCUUCCAAACCAAAACCAAUCCUCCGCUUCUCUAUCUACAUGGACUCUCCCUCCUCAAAAUGCCACCGACCCCAACGCAACAGCGGCGAGCCCGUGCGGUUGGUACGGAAUCUUGUGUAACCUAGCUGGGAGCGUGAUUGGAAUCAAUCUCCCCAGUUCGAACAUCAGAGGUACACUCGAGGAGUUCCCAUUUUCAUCUUUGCUGUAUCUUACCUAUAUAGACAUGUAUAGAAAUGAACUCUUUGGUGGUAUUCCGCCUCAAGUCGGUGUUUUAAUCAAUCUCACCUACCUUGAACUCUCCAUCAAUCGACUAUCCGGGAAAAUACCGCGCGAGAUUGGUGAGCUCACGAAGCUUGAGGUGCUUCACCUUUUCUCUAACGAGUUGAAUGGCUCUAUCCCUGAUGAAAUAGGUCAGUUGCGUUUCCUGAACGAGCUUGCCUUGUUUUCAAACCAGUUGGAUGGAUCUCUUCCUUCUUCCUUGGGUAAUUUGAGCAGCCUCACCAGGCUAUAUAUCUAUAACAAUUCAUUUUCCGGUUUUAUACCUCCUGAAAUGGGGAACUCGACAAAUUUGGAGGAAAUUUACAUGUAUACCAACUUCCUGACAGGGCCAAUUCCUCCCACUUUUGGGAAAUUGAUGAAACUAACAGAACUGCACGUAUUUGAUAAUGAACUUACCGGUUCUAUCCCACCGGAGCUGGGAAACUUGAAACUUCUCCGCAAACUCAGCCUACUCAACAAUAAUCUUACCGGUUCAAUCCCCUCAACAUUAGGCAAUAUGACUGACCUAGUCGUUUUAUUCCUCCGCAACAAUCAACUUUCGGGACAGUUGCCAAUAGAAGGUUUCUCAAAUACAUCACUGGAAGUAAUUGCUUUGACCAACAACAAAUUUGAAGGCCCACUUCCACUUCCAUCACCCUCCACAUAUUACUAUUCGAUCAGAAACAACAAAAUAAAGGGGACUAUCUCUUCUUCGAUAUGCAUCGCCACGAACCUCUCAUUCCUCCUAUUGUCUAAUAAUAACUUAAUCGGUAGCCUACCCGAGUGUUUAUCAAACGGUAGCAUUGGUUUACUGGUUUUGAACGUGCAAAUGAAUCGUCUUUCGGGCACAAUCCCUGGAAGAUUUUCACUGCGAAGUAGCUUGAGAACUCUUGACUUGAGUCAAAAUCAAUUCGAAGGCACAAUGCCACAAUCCCUUGUCAAUUGCAAAAACCUGGGAGUUCUAGACUUCAGCAACAAUAAGAUCGAGGAUAAUUUCCCGGCAUGGCUGGGAACAUUGCAAGAGCUAAAAGUUCUUAUUCUGAGGUCCAACAAUUUUAAGGGUCGUUUGGAUUUUCCAAGGGCAACUCAUCUCUUUCCCAAGUUGCGCAUUUUGGACCUCUCGGACAACAACUUCGUUGGUCGUUUACCAGCCAAUUUGAUUGCGAAACUUCAGGGGAUGAUGAAUGAACAAAAUGGGCAAGAGCCGCAAGACAACUCAUUGUACAUGAGGCAUACGUCUGGUAUCAUGACCUAUUAUGAUUCCGUGAAUGUGAUCAUGAAAGGAAAGGAGAUUCAGCUAUUGUAUAUCUUGACCAUCCUCACAACCUUUGACUUAUCGCUCAACUCUUUUGACGGGAACAUCCCAUAUGUUAUUGGAUAUCUCCAUUCUCUCAUAGGGCUCAACCUUUCCCACAACCGCCUCAUGGGGUCCGUUCCUCCAAUCCUUGGAAACUUGACUAAUCUUGAAUGGCUAGAUCUGUCUUCAAACAAGCUUAGUGGGAGGAUUCCUAGAGAACUGGGAGAUUUGGCAUUCCUUGGGUAUUUGAACCUCUCAAACAACCAACUCACAGGUCGUAUACCUCAAGACAAGCAAUUGAGCACAUUCACGAAUGACUCAUUUCGGGGAAAUCUAGGCCUAUAUGGAACCCCAUUACAAAACACAUGCCGUGAUGAUGCUCAACCUCCUCUGCCACCACCGUCGUUCUUCCAAGAGGAUAGUACAGAAGAGUAUGCAAGUUGGUUUGAUAGACAAGCAGUGGGGAUAGGCUAUGCGUGCGGAAUUGUGAUUGGAAUCUCUAUAGCGCACAUUUCAUGGGAAAUUGGAAGACCCAUAUGGCUUGUGAGAAAAGUGAGAAGGAUGGAGAGAAGAGGAGCCAAGUGGAUGAAGAAGCCAAAGAGGAAGGCGAUCAAAUUUCAUGGAGGCCAAUGAAAUUGUGGGGAAGUGGUCCCUUUGAACUAUGUGCAAUGUAGAUCAAGGAAUACAACUUUUGUGGGAUUGAAAUGCAAUUUCGCAUAUGAAUGCUCGUUUUUAUUA